AUGCCCCACCUGCUCUCCCUACCGUCUGAGAUCUACCGUCUUAUAACUGAGCACCUGGACUAUGCAUCAGAACUGAAUACGCUGGGGAAAACAUGCCGAACCCUGUAUGGGCCGGCCAAUCUACUCCUCUACUCUCAUUUUGUCAGAGAUCUCUCUCCUAAAAGCUUCUGCCGUAUCGUCAAAAACCAAAAUGCGGACGCGCUGCGGAAAGUGCUUCCCAGUUUCAUGGAGCUCGAGUGGCAUGAACGGUUCUUCGAUAAGGAGGAUCUAUCAUGGGAGGCGGAUGCAGCUAGCAGCUAUGUGGAGAUUAUCCAAAUAUUUGUGAAUCUCUACGGGCCAGGGCAAACUCUCCGUGACAUUGCCAGCGAUCCCAAAUCUGAGUUUUUUUCCCCAACUGCCGAGGACCGAGUCAUGUUCAAGCUCCUAGCUGAUGCUGCAAAAUCCAGAAUUGGCGAAAUAGCCUUGAAUGUCGCAGCAGCAAAAGGAUGUAUAGACUGCGUCAGAUUUCUACUUUAUUCUGGUUGCAAAGUGGAUGCUGUUGAAAACUGCAAUCGGACCGCUUUGUGGAACGCUGCACAUUACGGCCAGUUGGAGGCGGUAGAACACCUUCUCGAGGCAGGUGCAAACCCGAAUGCUCGUGGGUUCCUGCAAGAGGGCUUCCCCAAAACUCCUAUUUACUAUGCUGCAAUGAACAACGACGAAGCUAUGGUGCGGUGUUUGCUUCAGAAGAAUGCCCAUCUAGGAACCCCCGGGGAAAUCAAUGCUUAUGCAGUGGGUGAACUAGCCGAUGAGGGUAGAGAAGCACUCGCUACGCUGAUGUUGGAGCCCCUCGAUUUAGAUACGAAAUUGCCCCAGCUCUCUCCAGAUCAAAUGACCUGCUUUCUCCACUAUGCAGUUGUGGUUGGAGAUGAUGCCACUAUUGAAAAAUUUGGUUGUCCUCCUGCUGCGAGGGAGCUUUCCUCGGUAUUGAGGAUUGCAGCAAAGUGCGGCCGUGCACAUAGUGUGAAGACUUUGCUUGAACGGUGUGCCAAUGUCUUUCCGGAACGGGAAGUCAUACAGGAUGAUUGCCACACAACGAUUCAAGUGGCGGCCCAAAACAAUCAACAGUCUGUAGUCACUGUGGUGCUUGAGCAUGCCGAAAACCAUGCGAUAGAUACUGCAGCAAGGGUCGGGCUUCUAGCGGCCGCAGGAGCAGGACACAAAGAAUUAUGUCAGAUCUUCGUGGGGAAAAGUGCUCUUAAAAAGUCACAGUCGAGUCAAGUGGACCAGUCCCAAAUUUUAGGAUCCGCUAUAUGGUCGGGCGAUUGUACCCUUGUUGAGCAGAUACUGGAUGAAGGCAACCUUGGUCCCUGGACUAUCUUGUUCUCGAGUGAGACUGUCUUUGAGCUUAUCUGCUCCAGCAGCUUCGAUCUGUUCAAGAUGAUUCUUAAGCGAGGUGUGGUCCUUGAUCCAAGUGAUUUGGUUUGUCGGAAAGCUCUGUCGCGCGCUACGAUCUCUAGACGGACUGAUAUUAGCUCGCAUUUCCUACAAAAUGGAUUUGAUGCCAACGAUCUCUUUCCACUUCCGAAUGGAAGUGACAGACUGCUUUUUAUUACCGUGUCAAGUCUUUACGGAGUGUACGGAGAAGAUCAAACAUCGUCGGUCAUUAAGUUUCUCCUCGAUCACGGUGCCAAGGUGGAUGCAGUGGGGAUCGAAAACCGGACUGCUCUAGCCACUGUUGCUUGGACCAGGAGGGAUUGCAUCAACAUUGCCCGGGAACUUCUUGAUCUAGGUGCUGAUCCCCUACUGGGCUUCAAGGAGAACACGAGUGCUUUACAAGGUGCCAUUGAGACCCAGAAACUUGAAAUGGUUGAGCUGUUUUUAGAAGUUAUAGCGGCUCGGGGUCACCAGUGUGACGGUUUGACUACCUUCAUCGCGCGUCAUAUCGCGAGGUUCGAGAUGCCCGAGAAGAGCCGGUUGAGGCGCACGGAGUGGUGGAACUCCUUCUUCCUUCUUAGGGUAUUGAGAUCGUAUUAUUGGCGAACAGCGGUUCCAAUGUCGAUAUCAUAA